UGUGGCCAGAGACGCAAACGUAACCUACCUUGGGGGCGCCGAGGGCUAUGUAAUAUGAGUGAAAGCCCAAGUUACGCCACAUAUCCGGGAGCAGCAGUAUUCAAGAGGGGUGGAAGUAGAGGGGAAAGUCCUCUGUGAGUGUGGGCCACCAUGGAUAAACCCACUAAAGACACCAAGACUAACCCGGCAGCGACGGCGAGCCUUUUGUCCAAGAUAUUUUUCUGGUGGCUCAAUCCACUGUUUCGCACUGGAUACAAACGCAGGCUGGAGGAAGAUGACAUGUACGAAGUGCUCGCGGAGGACAGGUCGGAGAAUCUGGGACAUGAUCUGCAGAGAUACUGGGAUCAUGAGGUCCAGAAGGCUACCAAAGAGCUCCGGAAACCUGGACUCACCAAAUCCAUCAUUCGCUGCUACUGGAAACCAUAUGCAGUGCUGGGAAUCUUUACCCUCAUUGAAGAGAUCAUUAAAGUGAUCCAGCCAGUCUUCUUGGGGAAGAUGAUUCAGUACUUUGAGAAUUAUGACCCAGAAAACAUGACAGCCCUGUACGAGACUCUGGGCUAUGCAGCUGGCCUCUCGAUCUGCACCAUUGGCCUGGCCUUGCUCCAUCACCUCUACUUCUACCACGUCCAGAGGGCAGGCAUGAAGAUCAGAGUGGCUAUGUGUCACAUGAUCUACAACAAGGCUCUACGUCUCAGCAGUUCAGCCAUGGGAAAGACCACCACAGGCCAGAUUGUCAACCUCCUUUCCAACGACGUCAUGAAGUUUGAUGAAGUGACGAUCUUUCUGCACUUCCUGUGGGUGGGGCCCCUCCAGGCAGCGGUGGUUGUGGGACUGCUGUGGUCAGAGAUCGGUCCAUCGUGCUUGGCGGGCAUGGUGGUCCUCAUGUUCCUGAUGCCCAUGCAAACCAUGUUUGGAAGGCUCUUUUCUAAGUUCAGGAGUAAGACAGCUGUUCUCACUGACAGCAGAAUCCGCACAAUGAAUGAGGUGGUGUCUGGGAUUAGGAUCAUCAAGAUGUACGCCUGGGAGAAACCCUUCGCUGCUCUGGUCUCUGAGGUCAGAAGGAAAGAGAUCUCCAAGAUCAUGAAGAGCUCCUACCUGCGAGGCCUUAACAUGGCUUCCUUCUUCUGCGCCAGCAAAAUCAUCCUCUUCGUCACCUUCACCCUCUAUGUCCUUCUGGGAAACACCAUCACAGCCAGCCGCGUGUUUGUGACGGUGUCACUAUACACCGCUGUGCGACUCACCGUCACUCUGUUCUUCCCAAGUGCCAUUGAGAAGCUGUUUGAGUCCCGGGUCAGCAUCCGUAGGAUUCAGGAGUUCUUACUGCUGGAAGAGAUCACAAAGAGCCCAGCUGCAGUGCUACAGGAUGAGAAGAAGGACGCUUCUGUGGAGCUCCAGGACCUGGUCUGCUACUGGGACAAGAAUCUGGAUGCUCCAACUCUGCAGAAUCUCUCCUUCACUCUGAACUCAAAUAAGCUGUUGGCUGUAAUUGGACCAGUGGGAGCUGGAAAGUCAUCACUGCUGAGCACCAUCCUGGGAGAGCUGCCGAAUGAAAAGGGGGUGCUGAAGGUCAACGGUCAGCUGACCUACGCUGCCCAGCAGCCCUGGGUGUUCCCUGGUACCAUCCGCAGUAACAUCCUGUUUGGGAAAGAAUUUAGCCCGCAGAAGUAUGAGAGAGUCCUCCGAGCAUGCGCUCUGAAGAGGGACAUGGAGCUGCUGCCUGACGGAGACCUGACACUGAUCGGGGACAGAGGCGCCACACUCAGUGGGGGACAGAAAGCUCGUGUCAACCUGGCGAGGGCCGUGUAUCAGGAUGCAGACAUCUACCUCCUGGAUGAUCCUCUGAGUGCUGUGGACGCUGAAGUUGGAAGACACCUCUUUGAGCAGUGUAUUUGUGGCAUGCUGAAGAACAAGCCUCGUAUCCUGGUUACCCACCAGCUGCAGUACCUGAAGACAGCUGAUGAGAUUAUCGUCCUCAAGGAGGGUCACAUGGUGGCAAAGGGGACAUAUACAGAGCUGCAGCGGUCUGGACUGGACUUUACCUCCCUGCUGAAGGAGGAGGAGGAGCAACCGCAGCCUCCUCAAGACAUCAUCACCAGGUGCAGAACUCUGUCCCAGAACUCCGUCCUCUCACAGACUUCCUCUGUGCACUCGGUCAAAGAUGGAGACCAUUUACCGGCAGAGCCAGUGCAGACAGUAGCAGAGGAGAAUCGUGCUCAGGGAACCAUUAAAGUGAGUCUGUACGUCAAAUACCUGAAAGCUGGAGCCAACGUGGUGGUUCUGCUGGUGGUCAUACUCAUGAACAUUCUGGCUCAGGUAGCAUAUAUCAUGCAGGACUGGUGGCUGGCUCACUGGGCUGAUGAGCAAGAGAAGCUGAGUGCCAACAGCACUGUCACCCAAAACGGAGUAAAUGUCAUGGCAGAGCUGGACAGAGAUUUCUACCUGGGGAUUUAUGGAGGUUUGACUGCAGCCACCAUCAUUUUUGGCUUCAUCAGGAAUAUUUCCCUGUUCCACGUGCUGGUGAGGUGUACACAGACUCUGCACAACCGCAUGUUCAACGCCAUACUCCGAACACAUGUGCGCUUUUUUGACAUCAACCCCAUUGGAAGAGUCCUGAACAGGUUUUCAAAGGAUAUUGGCCAACUGGAUUCUAGCAUGCCGUGGACUUUUGUGGACUUCAUUCAGGUGUUCCUGCAGAUUCUCGGGGUGAUCGCUGUGGCAGUGUCUAUAAUCCCCUGGAUCCUAAUUCCCGUGGUCCCCCUCCUCCUUGUCUUUCUCUACCUACGUCGCUAUUUCCUGCAGACCUCCAGAGACAUCAAACGCCUCGAGUCCACCACUCGGAGUCCAGUGUUUUCCCACCUGUCAUCAUCUCUUCAGGGCCUGUGGACGAUCCGAGCCUUUGGAGCAGAGGAGAGGUUCCAGAAAGCCUUCGAUGCUCAUCAGGACCUGCACUCAGAGGCCUGGUUUCUGUUCCUGACCACUUCUCGCUGGUUUGCUGUCCGCCUUGACGGCAUCUGUUCCAUCUUUGUUACCGUCACCACCUUUGGCUGCCUGCUGCUCAGAGACCAGCUGGACGCCGGCUCUGUUGGUCUGGCUCUGAGCUACUCCGUCACACUGAUGGGAAUGUUCCAGUGGGGUGUCAGGCAGAGUGCAGAGGUGGAGAACAUGAUGACAUCAGUGGAGAGGGUGGUGGAGUACACUGAGCUGGAGAGUGAAGCACCCUGGGAAACCCAGAAGCGCCCUCCUCCCGACUGGCCCAGCAAAGGCCUGGUGACCUUCGACAGGGUCAGCUUCUCCUACAGCAGCGACGGACCACUGGUGCUGCAGAACCUGAAAGCAAUGUUCCAACCCAAAGAGAAGGUUGGUAUUGUGGGAAGAACAGGUGCUGGGAAAAGCUCUCUGGUCUCAGCUCUCUUCCGCCUGGCAGAGCCUCAGGGGAAGAUCUAUAUCGACGGCGUGGUGACGUCUGAGAUCGGCCUCCACGACCUGCGCCAGAGGAUGUCCAUCAUCCCUCAGGACCCGGUGCUGUUUACAGGCGCCAUGAGGAAGAACUUGGACCCUUUCAAUCAGCACACUGAUGAAGACCUGUGGAAGGCUCUGGAGGAGGUGCAGCUGAAGUCUGUGAUAGAGGAGCUGCCUGGGAAGUUGGAGACAGUUUUAGCUGAGUCAGGCUCCAACUUCAGCGUGGGCCAGAGGCAGCUGGUGUGUCUGGCCAGAGCCAUCCUGAGGAAGAACCGCAUCCUCGUCAUCGAUGAAGCCACUGCUAAUGUGGACCCCAGGACAGAUGAACUGAUCCAGAAAACCAUACGGGAAAAGUUCAGUGAGUGCACCGUGCUGACCAUCGCUCAUCGUCUGAACACCAUCAUAGACAGCGACAGGAUACUGGUUCUAGAUGCAGGAAAAAUCGAUGCCUAUGCCGAGCCUUACACCCUGCUUCAAGAUCCAGGUGGCAUCUUUUAUAAAAUGGUGCAGCAGACUGGAAAACAGGAGGCAGCAGCUCUACUCAAGGCAGCUAAACAGGCGUAUAACAGCAGAAGCCAUCCCAACAUAUCAAACGGACAUGCAGAAACAGCAGACGGUAACUUGGUUAUCUUUGAGACAGCUCUGUGAGCUCAGGGAGGCUCUGACUCGCUGCUUUGCCAGAAGACUUCAGAAAGU